AUGUCAAGUGAGCGGUCCAGAAAUCUCCGAAGUUAUUUGGAUAAACACUUCAAAUCUACUUUUGAUCAGUAUGAUAUUCAAGUUGGUAUCCCAUCACCGGAUCUUAAACAAUACCUCGGGAAGUCUCAUUUACCAGAAUCAAAAAUUCACAAUAUUGUGGACUCAGCAGAUACAGAUGGAAACCAGCUAAUUACAUAUGAUGAGUUCCUAAAACAGGUUCUGUCCGAAGAUGAAAAAACUCUCCGAAGAUUGCGUAUUCACAAACGCAUUCUUAAUCGAGCUGUGUUAGCAGUAGCGCCAGAUUGCGGACGACAACAUCAACAAACUGUUGCAAUUGAUUCUGGCUUUGAUAUUUCCAACGCACGUAUUUCAAGUGAAGCAGAUAUUGAUAAUUAUAUACAAGCAUAUGACUGUCGCCCUCCUCCUUUAUUUAUUCCUUUGAUAACUGUUGCUGAGAUUGCAGUUUUUAUCUACUACGUUGUUACUUAUAGCAACAAACAUGACUCCUCCAAUAUUGUUACAUUUUCAUCCGGCUUUCCAGUUGAUAGCGUACUUAUUUAUAACCCAACUAAACGUCAUGAAGUAUGGAGAUUUUUAACCUAUAUGUUUAUUCAUUACGGUUAUAAGCACCUAGUUUUCAAUUGUUCAGUACAAAUUAUACUUGGUCUUCUACUUGAAUUAGUUCACAAAUUUUGGCGAGUUGGAUUAGUUUAUUUGUUAGGCGUUAUUUCAGGUUCUUUAGCUAAUUCUGUUACUGACUCGUUCUCUUUGAUGGGUGGCGCUAGUGGUGGCUGUUAUGCUCUUAUUGGCGCUCAUUUAGCUACCGUAAUAAUGAACUGGGAUAUAAUGCAGGAGGGAUGGCUAAAAGACCCUUUAAACUUUAUAUCAAGUGGUGUUGUCAGGUUACUUCUAAUCAUUGUACUUGGUGGUGGUGAUACUGCGCUUGCCAUAUACGAUAGAUACACAAAUCCAGAUGACGAUAUACGUGUUGGUUUCUCUGCUCAUUUCGGUGGUUUCUUAGCAGGAUUAAUGAAUGUCCUGCAUUUGAAUGGAAUACCAAAUGAUUGGUUAGAAUAAUAUUUUUCUUCAGAGAUUGUAUAUUUUAUAUUUUCUGUUUUCAUGUUAUUUCACUGAUUAUUUUUUGUCCGUUAUCUCAUUAUGAAGUUAUUAGAGUUAUUGUAUUUUGCAGUACUGUCAGCGGAAUAUUCUUACUACCAUAUAUCUUUGAUAUAAUGUGAUCCGAAUUUGUAAAAAAAUAGUUUAUAUUUAUUUUUUGUAUUUAUCUUUUGUAUUUUUUAUAUGUUAACAACAUCUCUGUAGGAAAUUAUCAUUCUCAUUCUUGUUUUUUUUUCUGUACAAAAUCAAUCUUGUGAUCAUUAAUUAAACACAGAUGUAUAAUCUUAUCUAAUUGACCUUUCAUAUAAAAAUUCUCGUGCUUGGAAAUUUCUUGAUGCAUAUUUUUGCAUACCUACGCCAGUUAAAAAAAAAAUAACAAUGCUAUCGUUGAACUACAUAAUUUUUUUCUUGUUUUGUUUGGAAUAUAUUACUUUUAAUUGCUUUUAUUUGCCAGUUGGUUGUAUCUUUUUUGCUGAAGAAGCUUUCAAUCUCUGUGAUUAUUUGUGUAUAUUUGUGUUGAUUUGGCUAAGAUUUUUUUUUCUUCUCAUUAAUUAAAUUGAUUUUUUUUUAAUAGGCUUUAUUUAAUUGUGCAUCAGACAAACUUUUGUUUUGUAAUUUACCGGUUUAUCAAAUUUUUUCGUUUAAGUUUAAUUUUUUUUUUAUAAAUUUGAUGAAAGUAGUGUUAACAGUAAUUUUUCUAUGAAAGUAACAUAUCAGAACAAAUGAAAAAUGAUGAAGAUUGUUUUUCAUAAAAUUUUUAUGUAAUCCAGUUUUUAAUUAGAGUAUAUUUUAAUAUUUUCAGAAGUAAUCCUAAUGAUGAAAUCUUGACAGAAAAAUACUAACAUUGUGUACG